AUGUCACAGGAGUUCAAUUGGAAUGAUGUAGCGUAUGAGAAUGCUCCGUUCUCCCAAUAUUCGGAUUUCUACUCGAACCAGCCCAGGAUCUACAUGUUCGAAGGAGGUACGCGACUUUCGAACAUUUUUUGAUGAUCACUAUAAUAAAAGUUACUAUACUUUCAGUCACUCUCAUCGACCUCAUUCUCCUUGCCGCGACUGCCGUUUUGACCGUAUUCUGGCUGAUUUACCUUUUCCGAAGUGAAUCCGGAAUGACGAAGGCGUUGAUGACAGUAACCGUCACCCAAAUACUCGUGAACCUUCUCAUCCGUACAUUCAAAGUGCUCGUGCUCAUUCUCGUCCAAUAUCCGCAGUUCUCAUGGCUCUUUGUGGCGUCGAGUGUUGAGACGACAUUCCAUUACACCCUCUACCUACAGUACACCUCGUCUGUACUUUUGUACGUGUUUCUACGUGAAAAGGAUUGCAGAAGUGUGUGGGCUCUGUAAGUUUGAACACACUUCCUACUAAACAACAUAAAAAACUUCCAGCUUCUACUAUCUGCCCUCACUUUCCGUUUCGCUGCUCAUCUCCACUCUAAACGUGAAUUUCAACGCCCUUCUCAAGUCGAUUCCCUUCUACGGCUACGUGGUUUUCUACGUAGCAAUGGCCGUCUCCAAUUUUGUUAUUUUGAUUGCGGUUCGUGAAAUUACUGUAACAAAUCACCUGUUUGCGUGGAAAAUGAAUAACAGAUGGACUAUGGAACUUGGCGUCUGGGCUCGAAAAAUAUACUGGCUAGACGGUUUCUUUCGAUAAUUUAGGCGCUGCUUUCAAUAAUUUGGUCGCUGCUUUGGAUUAUUAAGGUGUUGUAUAAUUUAGUCGCAUCUUUCGAUAAAUUAGACGCCUCUUUCGAUAAUUUAGUCGCUGCUCUGGAUAAUUUCGGCGCUGCUAUUGAUAAUUUAGUCGCUGCUUUUUACAAUUUAGUCGCUCAUUUUAAGAAUUUCGGCGCUGCAUUUGAUGAUUUCGGCGCUGCUUUUGAUAAUUUCGGCGCUGCUUUUGAUAAUUUCGGCGCUGCUUGAUCUAUGUUCAAAUCUAAUUUUUUAUUUCCGAGCUUUUUAUGGUUCUUCAGGUGUGUACAUCGUGCACAAAAUUCGCCCGGGAGAAGCUCGGAAUCCGUUGCCGUCUGUUCUUUUUUGUGCUCAUCGCCUCGCCGCCGACUUUCUUCAAUACCGUAAUCACCGUGAUGGACUUGUUGUUUAUGGUCGUCGGAGUCACCGACCAAUUUCCUAUUCGUAAGUGGCAAGUAGCAGGUGAAAUUCCCCACAAUUGAUUAUAGCCUACAUCGUGAUGACCACUUAUCGGUAUAAGGCUUUCGAAGUCACGCCCGCCUUCAUUAUGAUCGCUUUCUUCGCUUUGCUUCCCGAUUUGAGGUAGGUUCCUGUAAUUCUCAAAAUCUACAGUAAUCUUUCACAGAAAAUGGACGGCUCGGAAGACUUCAACCGCUGAAGUCACUGAAAUCAUCACCGAACCUCCACGUGCAAUGUCUUCCUCCUCCAAAACCAUUUCAGCUUCUCACUCCGUUUUGGCUGAGCAAGUUCCGAUUCCAGGUCAAGUUCAGCCCCAGGUGUCUGCUCCGAUUCCCACCUACAGUACUCUAAACUACAAUAACGUUACUGGCGCCGGAACCAGUCCUUAUGGGGCUCUGGUUGUGCAUAUUCAACCCGUGCAAUGA